AUGCGGUUAACCAAGCCCACCAGGAGCCACAGAUUUGGCCGGUUGCGGAUAUUUGAGGAGAUCAGCGUAACCAAUCUAGACGGAGAGAGCGGGCCGCUGACUACGGUGGAAGGUGUGGAGGAUGAGGAUAGGGAUCAUGAUGGGCAUCAGGAGAGCGAGACGGUCUACCGCUCGCCAGAGACACUCAGUCGGGUGUUGGAGCAAAUGGUCAUUAUUGUGCCCUGCAAGAACGAGAGUGUCGAUGUCAUUCGGGGAGUUAUCUCUGCAAUUCCACCAUCUUGCCGUGUUAUCCUAGUCUCCAACUGUGAGCGUGGCGGGCCUGGCGUCGACGACCAAUACAUGCAGCAGGUAAAGAUGCUCAAGACCCUUCAAGUUGAACUUCACGGAUGCAACUUGCACAUGAAGCAGAGACAGAUGCUGGCCAUCCACCAAAAAGACAUCCACGCCGCCGAGGCGUUCCGGAUAUCCGGCCUGCCCGAGCUGCUCGACCCGGCAAACGGGACAAUCCGCGAUGGUAAGGGCGAAGGCAUGCUUCUGGGCGUUGCCAUUGCCGCUGCCUUGUUCCCCCGGCACCGCUACGUCGGUUUCAUCGACGCUGACAACUUGCUCCCCCAAUCGGUAGACGAGUAUUGCAAAGCCUAUGCUGCCGGCCUGUCCCUGGGCCCGCCGCCCGAGCAGGAACAUACCAUGGUCCGUCUGCGCUGGGCAUCCAAGCCAAAGCGUGUUCCUGGCACAACGAGAUACGUCCAUGUCACCGAGGGCAGAUGCUCCCGAGUCGUCAACAAGUGGCUCAGCAAGCUGUUUGCUUCGAUACGAGACGAACAUCAAUAUCAUUAUACGACAGUGCACGGCGGUGCCAUCAAGAUACCCCCCACCACCUGCAGCAGCGCGCCGGUGAGCGGCCUGGUGUCGACAGCAAACGCCGGUGAGCAUGCCAUGACCAUGGGCCUUGCGCUCAAGCUGAGAAUGGCAGCGGGGUAUGCCGUCGAGCCGUGCCAUUUUGUGGAUCUGUUGGAGCGGUCUGGGUUUGCUUACUACUCUGGGGCAGACUUGAAGGAAAGCAAGGGGUUGUUGACAGACUAUGCGGGUGAAAAAAGGGGUUCAGGGGCGGCACGCCCACUCAACAAGCCGACGCGCAUACUCCAGAUCCGGACGCUUAGCCCUCACUUCCACCGAGAAUCAGACGAGGGCCACAUUCGCAGGAUGUGGGCCGUCGGACUUGGGGCGAUCUACCAUAAUCUGGUUCCAGUUGGGCAUCGCGCCGUCAGUGAGCUGCGCGAGGGGAUGCACAAAUUUGCGAAAGAGAACGGGGGACUUGAUGCAAGGACCGGAAAACUGCCGGAACCGAGAAUUUAUCGGCCGCUGGAGGAAAUGAAUAUGGAGAGGUUCCGCCAGCUGCUCGGGGAAAGCCUGCGUGAUGGAACCCUGAGGCGGUUUGGGUUCGGCAGGAACAUGAAUGGUGAUGAGCCGAUAUGUACCUGUCAUACAUGA